UUUGCGAGCGGGCAGCAGAGGCUGAUUGAGAAGGAAAGACAGGCUGAGGUCGAGGAGACGACUGAGGUGCUGGAGACAUGUCAGCCUGCUGCUCUGCAAAAGAAAGGGUUGGCUGUGUUGAACCUGGUAGUUGGCGGAACGCGGACUGGUUUUGGUGGAAAGAGGUAUAGUAAGGUUGCAAAAGACUUUUUCUUAGUUGACCUUGAAGCGAUGAGUACAACGCCUGAACUCCCCGCCCAUGGCCUCCGUACCGGCGAUAUCGUGUCAAUCCGAGAGCAGCUGGCAGCCACUGCACGGAAAACCACUCAGCUUGCUGCCAAAUCCGCCGGCAUUGAGGGCGUGGUAACUCGUGUCACCGAAGCGAAACUUACGAUUGCGCUAUCCAAAGAAGAUGACGAGCCACCCACUGGGAAAUUAUGGGUCGUUAAGCUCGCAAACGAUGUCACGUAUUCGCGGAUGACCCAUGCGAUGCGAAGACUCGAGAAGAUGUCGGAGUCAGAGCAGAGUGGGUUGGUAAGGGUUCUGUUGGGCCUCGGUAAGCCCGGGCCACAGGAUAAGAGUGCAGUGAAAGACUUGAAGUUCCUGGAUGAAACAUUGAACGAGAGCCAACAGGAUGCCGUCAGGUUUGCUUUGAGCACGCCAGAUAUCGCUUUGAUCCAUGGGCCGCCUGGGACAGGAAAGACGUAUACCCUCAUCGAAUGUAUCCGCCAGCUGGUAGCACGCGACCUGCGAGUGCUUGUUUGUGGACCCUCCAACAUCUCCGUCGACAACAUCGUCGAGCGACUUUCCCCGUACCGCAUCCCGAUGGUUCGAUUAGGCCAUCCAGCAAGGCUAUUACCGAGUGUUCUCAACCACUCCCUCGACAUCCUUACACGAACGGGAGACCAGGGCGUCAUCGUAGGCGAAGUUCGAAAGGAGAUGGAUGAAACGCUGAAAAAGGUGAGCAAGACUCGCAAUGGACGCGAACGCCGAGCAUUAUACGGAGAAAUGAAAGAGCUACGGAAAGAAUAUCGUGUUCGAGAACGGAAGUGUGUGGAAGAGUUGGUGAGAGGAAGUCGAGUUGUUUUGGCGACACUACACGGUGCGGGUGGGUAUCAUCUUGCGCACGAGAAGUUCGAUGUGGUCAUCAUUGAUGAAGUGUCCCAAUCACUGGAAGCGCAGUGCUGGAUCCCGCUUUCCCUACGGCAUCAACCGAGCAAAUUGCUACUGUUUGGCGAUCACCUGCAAUUACCGCCCACGAUCAAGACGAAACACGCGGCGAGUGCUGGCGCAUUGGAGACAACGCUUUUUGAUCGCCUGUUGAAGCUGCAUGGGGAGGGGAUAAAGAAGUUGCUCAAUGUACAAUAUCGCAUGCAUGAGGAUAUCAUGCGGUAUCCGUCUGACGCUUUAUACGAAGGGAAACUGAUAGCUGGCGAAGGCGUUGCAGAGAGGCUACUGAAGGACCUGCCUGAAGUGGAGAACACGGAGGAUACCUCCGUCCCUGUCAUAUUCUGGGAUACGCAGGGAGACGAUUGUCCCGAAUACGCUGAAGACACAGACAACCCAAACGUGAAAGGGAAAGGAGGUCUCUUGGCGGAAAGUAAGAGUAACGAGAACGAAACGAUCAUCGUCGGACGACACGUUAAAGCACUUGUGGAAGCUGGGGUACGACCUGAAGAUAUCGCCGUCAUCACUCCCUACAACGCACAAGUC